AUGUACUUAUACAAGUCGGACUUUGUUAGCUCAUUCAGCACCAUGCAGCGGCUUCAGCUGGACGAGCUUCCUGGAGCGGAAGGCUUCGAUACGUACAAAAACUACCCGGCGUUCCUCCUUGACAUGCAGGCAUUCAGCCUAGAGGCUGGAACCGAUGCCGAGGACGAGGCCAUCGAUUUCCAAGAUGAAGCUGUCCUGAGCGCAGCAGCGGCUGAGUCCGAAGCCAAAGCAGGGGUUUCGAACCUAGUGACUCUCCAUGCAGACAGCCUGGCCGUGACCUUUGAAGGCUCCACGCUGCUGCUCUUGCCGCUGCGUGGGGAUGGCAAAGAAGGGCUCCAGACCUUCUUAUUGCCAGCUCGGAUCGUAUCAUUGGGACACGCAAGAAGCUCAAAGACAAGCAUCCAACAGGACGAAGUGAUCUUGGUCAGUUUGAUCGGCGGGUGGCUCCAUGCGAUCCAGGUGUCCCGAGAUGGGCAAUGCCGGACCUGGUGUCGGACGCAGCUGGACACGAAGCGGAAUUUCCUGAGUGCCGCACUCAUACAGGACUCGUCCGUCACGGCUCUGGUGUACCGAGCUGGCCACGGUGAAGCAACGGACAUGCCUGGUUACAUAGAGCUUAUGGCUUUGCAGCUCGACGAGCAUGCGCCGGAGGAAGCUAAGCCACUGUGGGUGGCUCACGGUCCUCAUCCUCCACAUGCUGCACACUGGGAAACGGCUCACACGGGGUUUCUGGUCGCCUCCGGAGGCUUCGAGCUUGCCGGUGCUGGCGACGGACCCACCUUGCAAACCGAAGAUGCCGUGUGCACCGUGUUUCGAAUGGAGCCUGCAGCACAGGCAGAAAUGAGGAGUUGGCUGCUUCCUAGAGGCGAUGUUUUGAGCUGCACGGAGCAUGUGAGUGGCCUGGAAGUCGCUUUGGCACACAACUCCCAGGGCGCACUGCUCUUCCGAAUGGUGUUGGAGUCUGAAGGUCCCGCGCUUCUCAAUGCCGCCCUGAUUCCAGGAGCAGCUGCUUGCGCGGCUGCCCGGGAGCCGCUGCAGACAUUUGCGGUGUCGCCUGAUCGAGGCUUCUUCGUCUUAGUGGAUGGAAGUGGUGGGGCAUCUGUAUUCCGCUGUCCGGAUCCGAGCACUUCAAGCUCGCGCUCACCCACAGUCACGGUUUCCUUGGAGAGCGUGAGAGCAACGAAGCUGCUGGAGUCGUCUCUGUUGAUGCGUACAAAGCAGGGAAUUGUCCGCUGCAAGCUGAACAUGUCUGCAAAAGUGGAAGGGGCGAAGCGCGAGCUGGUCUCCCGGGAACUCAUGCCUCUCGGGAUGGAUCCCAAGGCUUUGCUGAGGAUGCUCGACAUGCAAGGGGAGGACUAA